GCCUAUGUUGGCUGUCGAGGGAUCAUCCCUCUCUCCCUCCUCUCUCUCUCACUCAGGUGCGACUCUGCACAGUACAGUCUCUGAUUUCGUUCUUUCAGUCGCGCCGUGGAGAUUCAUGGGCUAUUCUCGAUUGUCUCGCCAUUUUUGUGGUGAAAGGUGAGACCUUUGCUUGAGAAAAUCCCAAUUUCCAGUGACCCAUUAUGCUAAAGAAGUGCAUCACUGCUCACCAUCGAUUCUUUAGCUCAAGAAGAGCGAUUACGACAUGUGCCCUUCAUUUGGAACCCCCGGCUUCUGCAACUUCUGGCAAUUCGUCCGAUCAUAAGUCCUUGUCUCUGUCUUUGUUAGAGCAGCUCGUUGGGCGGGGGCAGUUCUCGGCCGCACAGAGCGUGGUUCGGCGGAUAAUAGUUUGUUCUUCAUCAGCUCUCGAUGCAGUCUCAGCGGUCCAUUUCCUCGCUUCGCGAGGAUUGGGCCUCGACUCGGGUAGCCACGGUGUGCUUUUGCGGAAACUCGUGCAGUGUGGUGAGUACCAAUUGGCCGAGGCGUGGUAUAAUGAGAAUAUUGUCGGUAGAGGCAUUGAUCCUGAUUAUUGUAUGUUGGAUUCUAUGAUAAAUUGUUUCUGUAAAUUGGGAAAACUUGAUGAGGCAAAGAGGGAGUUUGAUAGGUGUGUCGAGUCGGGUGCAUUGCCUAAUGUGGAAGCUUGUGAUGCAAUUUUUCGAGAACUUUGUGCAGGAGGAAUGGCUUUGGAAGCAUUUGGUUUUUUUGUUAGAUUGAUUGGCGCAGGGGUUAGUAUGAGGAUUGGUUGUUAUAAUCAGUUGAUAGACUCAUUGUGUUUUAAGGGACACAUGGAUGAAGCAGUUAAAGUAUUCUACUUGCAGGAGGAGAUCACUGAGCUUCCCCCGACACUCCAUCAGUAUAAAUCAUUGUUUUAUGGUCUUUGCAAGGGGGGGCGGAUUGUGGAGGCGGAGCAACUAUCGAUAGAGAUGGAAGCACAGGGCUUUUUUGUUGAUAAAGUGAUGUAUAACUGGCUAAUUUUUGGGUAUAGCAAGGAUAGGAAAAUGAAGAUGGCAGUGAGGAUAUUCUUUAGGAUGCUGAAAAUGGGUUGCGAGGUAGAUGGUUAUACCUUUAACACAUUAAUUCAUGGGUUCAUGAAGAGGGGUAUAUUUGAUAAGGGCUGGACAAUAUACAAACAAAUGGUGGACUGUGGAGUACAGCCUACUGUGGUUACUUACCAGAUCAUGAUAAGCAACUAUUGUAGAAUAGGGAAAGUGGACUGUGCAUUGGAGCUGUUAAAUGAGAUGCUUGUCUGCGAUAUAACUCCUAGUGUGCACUCUUAUACAACUUUGGUUGCUUCACUUUACAAGAAAAACAAGUUGACUGAAGCAGAUGAAUUGUGCAAAAGGAUGCUGGAGAAUGGGGUUCUCCCUGACCCUAUUUUUUUUCUUGUUGUCAUCAGGAUGCACCCGAGAGGGGGUGAACUUCAGAUUGCUUAUAUGAUGUUGCAGGCUAUUGGCCAUUCUGUAAACUUAGCUUCUAAUACUUGGGAUGGCAGCAUGGAUUUUGGGCAAAAAAUUGACUAUCUACUUGAGGGAAUCGCCAGAAAGGACUUGAAUCUGGCCAGUAGUGCUUUUACUAUUUGCAUUAGUGCUUUAUGCGAGACAGGAGAUAUUGACGCUGCUAUUCUCCUUGUGGAUAAAGCAGAUAUUGUUGGAUGCCACCUGUUGCUUUUUACAUACAAUUCACUGAUUAAGUGUCUGUGCCGAAAAGGGCUAUUUGAGGAAGCUGAAUCCCUCAUUCGUCUAAUACAGGACAGGGGUAUAGUUCCAGACUUGGAAACUUACUUAAUAAUGAUAAAUGGUUAUUGCAAGCAAGGGAAUUUGCAGUCAGCUUAUCGUGUCAUGGGCCAAAUUAGUGAGAGGGGACUGAAGCCCAACGUCGCCAUGUAUGACUGCAUUAUAGGUUUUUUAAGCACUGAAAAGAGAAUUUAUGAGGCAGAAGACCUUUUCAUAAGAAUGCUUGAGGAUGGUGUGGAUCCAGAUGAGACUAUAUACAUGACGAUGAUAAAUGCUUAUGCCAGAAGUGGAAGACUUCUUGAAGCUAGCGAAUUGUUUGAUAAAAUGAUAGAAAACUUUAUCAAGCCAAGUUCAUAUUCCUAUACUGCUCUAAUAAAUGGUUUGUUAAAGAGAAAUAUGACUGAGGAGGGGUGCAUGUACCUUGAUAAAAUGAUUGGAGAUGGUUAUGAGCCAAAUAAUGUGCUCUAUACCUCCCUUAUUGGCCAUUAUUUAAGGGAAGGAGAAUUUAAAUUUGCCUUCAUGCUAGUUGAUUUGAUGUACAGAAACCAGAUGAAAUUUGAUCUUAUUACCCAUAUUGUUGUGUUACGGGGUGUAUGCAAACAUGUCAAUGGCAUAAAGAAUGAAUGGCGCAUCACAAGAAGAGCAUCUUAUAGAGCAAGAAAAAUGCUGUUUGAUUUGCUACAGAGUAGGAGUUUGGCAACACAUGAUAGAAACCUUAAGGUUCCUGUAAAUAUGCCGGAAGCAAUGAAGCACUUUGCAUUGAAUCUGUUCAAGAAAAUUAAGGAUAGUGAGUUUAUGCCGAAUCUAUUCCUAUACAAUGGCUUAAUAUCUGGUUUUUGCCGAGCCAACAUGAUCGAGGAUGCAUAUCACCAUGUUGAGUUGAUGCAAAGAGAGGGGUUACAUCCGAAUCAGGUGACCUACACAAUUCUGAUAGGGGGGCACAUAACUCGAGGUGAAAUUGAUAGUGCUGUUGGCUUAUUCAACAAGAUGAAUGCUGAUGGUUAUCUUCCGGAUGGACCUGCAUACAAUAGGCUAUUGAGAGGCCUUUGUAGUUGUGGAAGGCUGUUGGAUGCAUUGUCACUUGUUUAUGCAAUGCAGAAGAGGGGUUUAUUUCUGAGUAAGUUGUCUUAUACAUGUUUAUUGAACCACCUUUGCUCGAGCAGACUGGAUAUUCAUGCCUUCAAGAUAUUUGAAGAAAUGCUUUCCCAUGACUUAAUUCCGAGCCUUCGCUGCUCUAAUUUGCUGCUUUCCAACUUAUGUGUGAGUCGGAGGUGGCAUGAAGCUCAAGUAGUCCACCAUUUGAUGCACAAAGAGGAAUAUGUCUCUGGACAGCUGAAUGAGAAGGUUUUUGGUUGACUCAUGCAUUAUCAGGAGAUCUCCAUUUGCCGAUUUACAAGGAAACAAGAUGGUUUUGUUAUGGGGGAACUUUUACUAGAAGUUGGUAUUACUUUAUCCCCGUCCUUCUUUUAUCAGUUGUCAUUUCAUUUGGCAAUCUUAAUCAUUGGAAAAGCUAGAAACUUAUCCCCAAGGGCCAUCUCACCCUCUUACCAGAGAGGAGGAAUCUCUUCUUCUUCUCUUCACUUGUGAAGGACAUGGUUGUGCUGCUUUUGACUAUUUGAUCAUUUUGAUCUGGCUCUAUGCAUUUUAAGGUGGAUGUUGCUGUAGAAGCAUUUGGAUUCCGGACAAUAAGCACUUUGCACAAUAACUCAGCAAAUGUUGUGGAGUUGUUUGAGCUUCUUUGGCUGCUUGAGUUGGUAGUCAUACUGAGUUGACCGAUGCAUUGCCUUUUGGUGCAUUCCGAAAAGUAAACGGAAGAGAAAAGUGUGCGAGGGUGGCAUUUGAGAAUCAGUAAUUCAUCUGAUGUAAGAUUUCUGCCCAUCUUACUAUUCCAGAAUGCUUUUUGCGGCAUUGUCAUUUAAAGAAAAGGUCAUAGCAAUUAAUUGGAAGUUUCCUCCUGGUCCAAUAGACCGUUGUACCUCUAAGUACAGCGUCAUUCUAAACGUACUGAAUCAGCUGGAAGACCUCCUCAUGGCAUAGCAGGUUUCCAUAGAACUCUGUUCCUAUUGUUUGGACCUGUUUCUUUGAUGAGAAAAAGAACAACUUUGGAUCAGUGAUGGACUGGCCAGAAUUGAAGGCGCCAUAAUUCAUGGCAAGAUGGUAUUUGUGGAGCAAUUUGUCUGACCCCUAACAUCGAGGGGGACCUAUCAAUUUCAAGUGACAGGUCACAGCUACCUUUACUUCCCAUUUCUGAGUCUGCAAGAGUAUCAGGUAAUUUGGAAUUUGUCUGGUAAUCAAAGUUGUGAUGGGAAUUUGCUAAAAUUACCCACCUUGCACCGGCUUUAAUCUUGCUUUAUGUGUUUCUGGGCAACUGUUAAGAGUAGUUUCGCAACUCCUAAUAAAUGUUUGGGUACGUCCAUUUUUUUUU